UCUCUCAUCAUGCGUCCGACUGCUCCCGCACACAGCGGCAUGCCCACAGGCACCAAGUACAUGGGCUGGUGGGGCGCCAUGGGCGGGCCCAAGCAGAAGGGCAUCGUGCAGUACUCCAUCUCGCCGUUCCAGCAGAACCCGAUGGCGGGCGCGCUCAAGGGCUACCUCUUCUUCGGUUACAAGCGCAUCAUGGCGCAGGUGCCGUACUUUGCCGUGCCCUUCGGCAUUGGCUACGCCAUCUACUCGUGGGGCGUGAAGAAGAACGAGUGGUACAACAGCAAGGAGGGCCACCGCCUCACGGCCGAGCACGACGAGUAGACGUGCUGCUUGCCAACAUGAGGAGGGAUCGCGCGCGUGGAAUGGACCCAUUGCGUAUGCCCACGGCGUGCGUUGAGGGAGGAGAGGGAGUGCCGCGGUCUUCACACAGUUGUCAGCGCGGAACGUGCGCAGAGCGUCGUGGGGCUGCUGCCGACUGAGGCCUCGAGCCACAGCUAGAGUGUGCUGUUGCUUCGACUACGCUGCGCCCAUGGGUCGCUCGGCGCCCGAGAGGGUCGG